GACAGGAAGUUGAAUUAUCAGCUGAUCCUACUGGCUGUUGUUGAUGCCUAAAGUUGCUGUUGUUUGGACGCCGUGUCGCUCUUAUCAGGUCCUGACAUUGAAGACACGUUAAAGCGCAGAAAGGGACACGGUGGGCAUUUACCGGCCGGCGAGCUUAUGAGUGACACGGAAAGCGUUUCCGCGCGAGUACUUGGGAAUUUGCGCACGAGCGACGAAGAGCUAGCGCUCGAGCUUAAAGCUUCGCUGAAACGAAAAAAGAAAAACAGCAGAGACAGCCGACGGCUCGGCGUGCUGUCUUUUGUUUAUGUCGUGUCAGUUUGAACCGUGAUAUUCAUCAUUUCUGUCUUGACUUUGAGAGUCUUUUACGUUAUUUAUAUUUAUACUUGAUUGAAAAUAAGCCAACAGGGCAGCUAGCUCGUCCGCUAAUGUUAGCUCGUAGCGCGAAGAAAAACAGUCUUGUUGACAAGAUUUGAUGCUUUCGUAACCGCCCAACUGUGACAGAUGAUAAACAUAACGGGCGGAAACAGCUGAGUUUGAAAGCGCUAUUUUCGUGCCUCCGUAUUAGUUUGUUGUGUUUUAACCUGUCUGCCACUGGAUCCGGUGCUCUGUUAGGAAACACGGCACCACAGAAGUUCAUGUUUAGUUACUGAAUCGAAGCCUGUUGGAGACAUUUGUGGCUGUCGGACAAGUUUCUGAUUAAACUCAGUGGAUUCGUUUUUUAAUCCUCAUCGAUUUAUUUAAAAACACACAAACAAGCAGUCAGCUAGUUGACAGCUGGCCUUGUGCGUUUUAGGUUUGCUAAACGUUGCGUAAUUUAUGUUCAAGCUGGCAGCCAAUGUUGGACAACUUGUUAAAUUCCAAGUUAAAACUUGUGCGUUUUAGGAAAGUUUGUGUGCUUUGUAUGUGAUUUUAAGGCCCGUUUACUUUCUCUUCUUUGGUACCAUUUUAAUGUCAAGGACGUAUGACAUGAGAUAAAAAAAAAAAAAAGAACACGUUUACAGUAACGCGCAGACUGAGUGGCUGUUCUGAUUCUCAUGAAUUUGAUAGCUUUGGAAAAAUAAUAAGAGUUAUGAUUUAAAGUAGCCGUCGGAAAUCCUGUGGGAAAGUACUGUGUUCAGCAGCGAGAGAGAGAGAGGGUCCCUCACAGGAUCCCAUCGUGUCUUGAGGUGAGGUGAGCUGCCCCCCACUACUUGCCAAUGCUGGAUCUGGAAGUGGUGCCUGAGAGAUCACUAGGAAAUGAGCAAUGGGAAUUCGCCUUAGGGAUGCCAUUUUCCCAGGCCAUCUCUAUCCUUCAGAAACACUGCCGCAUCAUCAAAAAUGUCCAGGUGCUAUACAGUGAACAGACACCACUCAGCCAUGACCUCAUACUGAACUUGACUCAGGAUGGGAUUAAACUGCUGUUUGAUGCCACAAAUCAGAGACUCAAGGUGAUUGAAGUGUAUGACCUGAGCAAAGUCAAGUUGAAAUACUGUGGAGUCCAUUUCAACUCUCAGACCAUUGCCCCCACGAUAGAGCAAAUAGACCAGUCAUUUGGCGCUACACACCCUGGAGUUUACAAUGCUGCAGAGCAGUUGUUCCAUCUCAACUUCCGGGGACUGUCCUUCUCUUUUCAACUGGACUCAUGGAAUGAAGCUCCAAAAUAUGAGAGACCUUUAGUAUCUACCAGUCCUGUACUACUUCCAGCUGUUUUGCCUUGGCAGCCUAACUUUGCCAUGGGUUUGGCCUCCCUGCAGAUUCCACAUGGGGCAAUGGUCAAGAGGAUGCACAUCUACACUGGCAACAACCUGCAGGAAACAAGAGCUCCUGCAAUGCCGUUGGCUUGUUUCCUCGGUAAUAUUUAUGCAGAGUGUGUGGAUGUCCUGAGGGAUCGGGCGGGCCCUCUGGGACUCAGGCUCCGCCUUCUCACUGCAGGUUGUGGUCUCGGUGUGAUGACUGAUAGUAAAGUCAAGUCCCUAGAGAGGAGCAUCUACUUUGGAGAUUCCUGUCAGGAUGUGCUCGGUGCUCUGGGCUCCCCACAUAAAGUUUUCUACAAAUCUGAGGACAAGAUGAAGAUCCACUCUCCGUCACCACAUAAGCAGGUCCCAUCUAAAUGUAACGACUACUUCUUCAACUAUUUUACCCUGGGAGUGGAUAUUCUGUUUGACUCGACAACUCACCUGGUUAAGAAGUUUGUUCUCCAUACCAACUACCCUGGACAUUACAACUUUAAUAUAUAUCAUCGAUGUGACUUUAAGAUUCCACUUGUCAUCAAAAAAGAGGGAGCAGACUCUGAGGACUGCAUCUUAACUACAUACAGCAAGUGGGAUCAAAUCCAAGAACUGCUCGGCCAUCCAAUGGAAAAACCUGUAGUGCUGCACAGGUCUUCAUCGGCCAAUAACACAAAUCCUUUCGGCUCUACGUUCUGCUUCGGACUGCAGAGGAUGAUCUUUGAGGUGAUGCAGAAUAACCACAUAGCAUCGGUAACCCUCUACGGUGCUCCACGCACGACCAGUCACGCCCGACCCGAGUCCAGCAGUAGUUCCCACUAAACAAGUAACCGCAACCACAUCCCGUUUUGGCCUGUCGUGAAUCCAGUACUUCUACUGACUGACUUUCUAAUCCAGAGCCAGAUUCUUAACCAAGCAGACCUAACCGAACAAAGUUACUCUUACCCAGCUCAGAUGCUAACAGAGAAACAACUAAAAUCAGACACGGCAUUUACCAACUCUUCCUGUUGGAUACUAAGACUCAUUCUUCCAAUCCGGCACACCCACCUAGCACAGCUAAACCAACUCUGUCUAUCCCGGGACAUCCGAGAUCCAGUCACACAGUCUCUGUGCUGGAGCAUGGAGCGUUUUAUCUUGGUUAGUCCAACGGUCCCAGUGGUGCUGCGUUGUGGUAGAGCUCGACUGUUUCCUUUCCAUCCUUAAAUUGCUUUCACCCCGGACCACAGGGGGAAAAAGCUUGUGCAGACUCUAAGCUGGCGCCAGUUUAUUUAUCAGCAGCCUCCGUACCGCUGUGGUGGGACAGUUGGCGUUUGAAUUCAUCUGCUGCAAAUCUCAAGUUGUUUAACAUCAGUGUAAUAAUAUCGCAGCUGGAAGCUGCUGUGGCCAGAGUCUGGAAACAAAGUGUAUCACGUCAAACAACCAGCAAACCAGUACCGCCAGUCUUCCUGCCUCAGCUUCAGAACGGCAUCCAAACUACAAAAAAACCAAACCAGUUCAGUCCAACCGAGAGCCAUCAGAGCCAAAGUGCAGUGAAAGCUGCAGAGGACUUGAACCAAAAACACCAGAAUCCCAAUUUUGUCACACAAGAGAAGAAGCGCUCGCUCUCAGGGUUCGGACGGAGACGUCCUCCUGAACAUAACCCGCUUGAUGUCCCGCCCAGUUGAACCAGAUGUGACCAGAAAGAAAAUCCUCCCUGUUGUCUCCUUAUUCUUCCUUCAACUUUGCUCCGCGGCGCCCGCCAACACACACAGACACACACACAGGCAAACAAAGCACACUCAACAGCACGGCUGCUGUUACGUCUCCCUGCACGGACACGGUGACAGAAAUGAGCAUCUGCAUGUGGUGUGAGGCUAAUUUUUAAAAAUGACGUUUGAAUUUGUGUUAUUUUAAGCUUGCACAAACACACACAGCAUCCUUUCAUUACUAAACUCAUGUAUUCCUGAUACAUGAAAGCUGGUUUUAUCCGUUUUAUCGUGAAGCAGACUGACAUGCAGGAAUGACACGAGAAUCUUUGCAUGGACUCUUGUGCAGCGAGAGGAGACUUACUACAAGCACAAACUGACAGCCCGUUUUCUCUGAUUGGUUGCAUCUUCUUGCAUGUUGUGAGGGGUGUAGAGUCGCCACAGAGUUUCUUCAUUUUACCGCGGCCGCCCUUUUCACUCGUUCGCCUCGAGACCAUUUCCAUCGUGUACUGUUUUAAAUCCGUCCGUACAUUUGCACUAAUACUCACCUUUUUACUUGACUGUUUGAUUGAUCUUCAGAUAUGGAUAUUUUUUUUUCGUACAUUGGAUGAGAGUGUGUGUGUGUGUGUGUCCUGUAUACAUAUGGAAAGAAAGAAGAGGCCCUUACGUGGUGCUCAGUGUUCGCAGUGCCGUCCUCUUUGUCGCUCCAUCUUCUGCUCCUCCUUCACGUCACUGACACAUGGCACAGUCUGCAUUUGUUUCCUUGUUGAAUUGCCAAACUGCGAUAGCCAAAGAGGUUUCAGGAUGUUGUUAUUUGAUGUGCUGACAUUAUCACUGUGUUACUGUCUGAACAUUUCAUACAGAGAGAGUCGGGCGUUGGCCGUCUCUGUUCUUUUGGAUCUUUUUGUGUCUGACUUGCACAUGUUCGUCGUUGCUGUAGUAAAACCUCAGCUCCUGGUUUCUCUGACGGCUGACGGUAAUUAUACGACACGAAGAGCUGACUCUGAAAGCGCUCAGUCCAUCUGUCGUCUGGAUUCGGUUCCACAGAUUCACAGUAGUGUGUGUAUGCUGAGAAGUGUCAGAGUGGUCACUGUUGUCACUGAGCUGUCAUUCAAAGAUCCGCCACCAUUUCUCUGGGUUUAGUUCAUUUGAACCUAUUUUGGAAACGGGGAGAGAAAACCAGUCAUUCCUCCAUCGUGUGACGUGCAGCUUUGCAUCAAACUCCCAUUUUAUAAAUUUACAUUAUUUUUAAUUCCAAGCAGAUUAAUAAACUGUGUAUUAAUUUUAAUACACAUUUUCUUGUCUUGUUCUUCAGUACAAACAAUUCCUUUAAUUUUCUCUCUGUUGCUGAAUUUGUGAUCAGUGACUCAAUCGGUUAGCAUCCCUGUCUGUUAGCCUGUGACCAGCAUUAGCCAACAAGUACAAACCUGUGCUAACUCUACUUUAAUAAGCAAAAAACAAACAAAAAGACCAAUACUGCGAUGUUUUCAUUAGAAGGAAACUAAUUAAUUUUACCUGUCUAUGUUCCUAAUUCCUUAUAAUUCCUAAGCAUUUGCUAUUUUUAUGUAUUCAGGCCUUUAUGCGUAAUGUUGUUGUAUGAAUGCUGUAUAUAAAUGCGUGCUCUUAUUCUGGUGUCUUCUUAUUUACAGUGUUAGUGGCUUGGCACCUCAACAUUUCUGCAUUGAUUUUUAUUAGAGUUAAGCUCAGGUGGAGUCACCUGCUCACAGCUCAUUAUUGUUUUUAUUCUAGACCACUCAGUAUUCAUAUUUUUGCAUGUGCAAUGCUAACACUGCAAGUAUGCUGACAUGUCAGCAGUUAGUAAAGCCCUGCUUAAACUGCUUGUUCACAGUUGGCCUGGAAGAGAGCUCUGUCUUUAAUCCAGUGGACAAAAAUGGAUUUUUAGUCUGGCUUUGGUGUGCUGCGAGAUUUAACAUCUGCAUCCUGAAAGUUGAUGCUGUUCAUCUGGACGUUUUCAGUGGGAGAAACGUUUCGUCAUCAUCAGGUGACCUCUUCAGUCUCAGCUGACUGCAGGUUUCCAACCUUAUAAACAUCUGCACAAUGACAGAAACUAGCACCACCGAAUGAACAAUGGGCUGGGAGGCCAGUUUAUGAUCAUUAAUAUGCAAACUGUUAUGAUCAUUGAUCAAAGCCCAUGAGUCCCAUUCACAGAGAGUUGAGGACUGGCUGCAAUCACAGCAUUGUGAGAUGGUUACAGAUGCAUCUACAUCUACUUGUUUACAAAGAAAAAUAUCAGUUUUCCAAGCUUUCCUGUAGCCAGAUGAGCAUGGCGUUCCAUUACUCGUUUUCCAAAACUGGGACACCACAAGCUACAGUAAUAUUUUAAAAUUUAAAUCCAAAAAACACCUAUUUUCUUAUUGGACUCCCAGGGUCAGAUAUUUAAGAGCGACGGCUGUCCGCUUUGUCUCUGAUGAAAUUGGAAAGACUGUUCCCUACUCUCCUCCCGUUUGUCCACAGCUUCAGUCAAAUAGGGGAAAGGUGUAACUCUAGUGAAUGCUAUAUACCAUUUGCUACCACUUGCUUUUGUGUAAGCAAAUAUAAAUGUAAAAAAGAAGAUACAACACUGUUGGAUAUCGUGCCUCAUCUCCCACCGAGCCUGUCUUUGACUUCUUUCUCUAUCGACCCUGUAAAAAGGAAUCUCCUUGUAUAUAAAAUCGAAUGCAUUUGAGCUGCAGCAUUGUACAGUAUGUAUGUGUGUCACUGAGCUCCAGCAACAAGGUAACAUGGUAUUAUGGCUGACUCGUUUUACAUUUACCUGCACAGUUUGGCAGGCUGGGUUUCCCCAAAAUGAGGAAUGUGCUAGUUAGUUAUUUUUGUUUUAGUUUCUUGUACUGGCUUCCAUUUCUGUUGGGGGUGUGGAGGGUGGGGUCUCAUGUGUGUUCAUAACCACCCGAAACACCCAGAUCAGUGUUAACAUGGUGUGGAAUACAUGAGUGUAGCAAAUGCAGGUCCAGAAAAUCAGGCCUUAGUUCUCCACGAGUGACAGAAACUGAAAAAACCUGUAGAUUUCAGAUACAAAUCAACAUCUGAAGCAAAACGUCUCCUCCCUCCAAGCUCUGCUGUAACUGUUUGUCUUUAUCCUUUUUUUCUUGUUUUAAACACAGUAAUGUGAGAAUCUGAGACCCGCAUUACAUCAGUCAGCCACAGCACUGCCUAAUUUUGUCUCGUUGAGCCGAAUGUGACCCCUCACGGCAUGAAGCACCUCUGAGGGUGUCCCGUUGUUCCUCCAGAGAAAGGGGAAUUUGCCUGUGGCCCCAGUUUUGGUAAACCCAGCCCAGUUUCGUGCACGGUCAUUGCUGUGAUGAAGCAUUGUCACUCAGAGAUGGAGAGGGGAGCUGUAAGGUGCUGGGUAGGUGAUCUCACCCUAACUCAGGUGGACAUAUCACAUCCUGGUUUUUCCAAAGUUUUUAGGGAAGAAAAACAAGAGAAACUUUGAUCUGUGUGGCUUUUAAGUUACACCUUUUUUUUUUCUUGCUUUUUACAAAUGUUUAUUUUACUGAAUGGGCAGAUGUGUGAUUAUCAAACUGAGAUUGUUGUAAUUUAUAAUUGUCAUCUUCAGUGUAAUGAUAAUCUCAUCUUAAUGCUUUGUAUCGUCUGUCCUUGGUAUCAUUUGUUCUGUUGCCCCCCCCCUCUUUACUCCCUGCUGUGUGUGUGUGUGUGUGUGUG